AUCACGGAAUGCUCUAAAAUAAAUUAAACAAUAGCCUUACUAAUGUCAAAAGGUGCUCAUAUACACCCAGAAUCCUCUUUAUCUAAAAUUUACCCACUAUCACAUAAACCAUCUCAUAAUAUAUCAGAUGCAGAAGACAGUUUAUUAAUUGACAAUGCUAAAAGCAAAACGCCUAAAUUUGUUUAUAUUAUUACAAUAUUUGCAGCUAUCGGAGGGUUUCUAUUUGGUUAUGAUACCGGCGUUAUAUCAGGAGCAAUGCUCCUUCUCAAAGAUAAUUUUAAUUUAAAUAGUUUAUGGCAAGAAACAAUUGUAAGUGCAACAAUAGGAGCUGCUAUAAUAUUUGCAUUAAUUGGAGGAAUUUUAAAUGAUAUUAUUGGGAGAAAAAUGACCAUUAUGAUAGCCAGCAUAAUAUUUAUUUCUGGAUCAAUGUGUCUAGCAUUCGCACUUUCAGAGGUGUCACUUAUUAUAGGACGAACAAUACUUGGUUGUGGGAUAGGUUUAGCCUCGAUGUCCGUUCCCAUAUACAUUGCCGAAAUGUCACCCCCGGAUAGAAGGGGCAGAUUAGUCACGUUGAACAGCGUAUUCGUAACGGGUGGUCAAUUUAUAGCCAGCGUUAUAGACGGAAUUUUUAGUUAUGACCGCAAAAAUGGCUGGAGAUACAUGCUUGGAUUGGCGGCGCUCCCGGCCGGAAUACAACUCGCAGCCUUUUUAUUCUUGCCCGAAAGCCCGAGGUGGUUGGUGAAGAAAGGGAAGGACGAGAAGGCCAAAGCCGUACUCGCUCAAAUAAGCGGUAGUUUUGACACCGCCGAGGCCUCCUACAAGGAUAUUAAGGGUGCCAUGUCAGAUCAGGUCAUCGCGACUCAUCCACCUUUCGGCGAUAACGAUAGAAGAGACGGCUUAAAUCAGCGACCUAAUCAAAACAAGGGAACCAUACUAUGGCAAAUAUUCGAAAACCCUGUCACUAGGAGGGCACUUCUAUUGGGAUGUUCAUUGCAAAUUUUUCAACAAUUAUGUGGCAUCAAUACUGUCAUGUAUUAUUCCGCCACCAUAAUAGAGAUGUCCGGGGUACGGGACAAAAGCAAAGCCAUAUGGUUAUCGGCCGCUACGGCUUUUGUCAAUUUUGUGUGCACCUUUUUAGGUCUCUAUCUGGUGGAAAAGAUAGGUCGAAGAACCCUAACACUCUUUAGUUUAGCAGGCGUUAUAAUCAGCUUGAGCCUUUUAGCCAUAGGUUUUCAAUUGGCUGCCGUUCUUUCUCCUCCAGUCACUUACCACCCCAAGGAAUUCGCUAACAAUCCCUGUGACGCUUAUACUUAUUGCUAUGCUUGUGUGGAAGACCGAUCGUGCGGAUUUUGCUACGUGGAAGACCCCGAAGACAGAAAUAGGGCUCUCAAUGGGUCUUGCCUACCUACAACUAGAGAUAACUCCACUAGGCCGUAUUACGGAAGAUGCAUGAAUGGUAUCCCCACCUUGGCCGACGAAACCCCGAUGGAGCAGGAUAAGGAGAAUUUUUAUAAGGUUCAAGGUAAUAAGGCGAGAAAUUACGAAUACAAGGGAUCGAAAAGAAGCAUAAAAAAUGACGAUGACCUGAUUUGGGCUUACAACUUUUGUCCCACCGAGUUUUAUUGGCUACCUAUUUUCGGGUUGUUCUGUUACCUGUUCUUUUUUGCCCCGGGUAUGGGACCAAUGCCAUGGACCAUAAAUUCCGAAAUAUACCCACUCUGGGCUAGAAGUACUGGAAACUCGGUCGCUUCCGCCUGUAAUUGGAUGACCAAUUUAUUGGUAUCUAUGACCUUUUUGACGCUCACGGAAAAGAUCGGAAAGCACGUGACGUUUUGGAUAUACACAACCUUCGCAUGCUUGGGUUUCUUGAUCUUCCUCCGUUACCUACCCGAAACAAAAGGAAAAUCCCUGGAAGACAUGGAAAUGAUAUUUUCCGAAAAAUCCCCCAUUCUCAGUUCCCCUUUGUCCAGCUCACAGCCAUCCUCCAAAAACGUUAAGGAUGAUUCGAAAUCUAAACACGCCAAAAAUAAUAAAAAUAAAGCCGGUUCCUCCGACAAAUGUAACGGAAAUUCUGUUACUAUUAAUAACAUGGUUUUGCCGGGUAAAGAACCAAGUAAGGAUUCUUUAAUAGGCGGAUAUUGUAAAGAUAAACUUAAGGGUGUGAGGUUUAGCAUGGGCGAGCUCCUAACCAAUUUAAACGAUAAAAGCGCGCUCCUAGGGACCGAUAAGCCGGCGGAAAAGUGGGUAAUUCUGAACAAAAAACCAGGGAAAGAUGUCAAUAAUAAUAAUAAUAGGUCUAGAGUUAAGUACGUUCACGUUAAGAGCGGCAUUAAGGCCUCCAAGUCACCCACCACGGAUUCAUCGGAAUAACGAAAAA